CUUGCAGGCGUUGGACCGGCCAUUUACAAAGCUUAAACAUAUUAGUGAGAUGGGCGGAGUUUAUGAAGCGAUAUAUAUAUACUCUUGCGCAGUAAAGCGGUUGCGUAGUUCGGUUCGGACCGUGGACAGUGCCGGGCCUGCCUCUAAUUCAGCAAGCGAAAAAAAUGGCAUCAGAUGAGGGAAAACUCUUCGUCGGCGGGCUCAGUUUUGACACCAAUGAACAGUCGUUGGAGCAAGUCUUUUCUAAAUAUGGACAGAUAUCUGAAGUUGUCGUUGUAAAAGACAGAGAAACCCAGAGAUCCAGAGGUUUUGGAUUCGUCACUUUUGAGAACAUUGAUGAUGCAAAAGAUGCCAUGAUGGCCAUGAAUGGAAAGUCUGUCGAUGGCCGCCAGAUCAGAGUAGACCAAGCAGGCAAGUCAUCCGAUAACAGAUCCCGGGGCUACCGAGGUGGCUCAGCUGGUGGCAGAGGCUUUUUCCGGGGAGGCCGAGGCCGGGGCCGUGGUUUCUCCAGAGGUACUGGUGGAGACCGAGGCUAUGGGGGCAGCAGAUUUGAAUCCAGAAGUGGGGGAUACAGUGGGUCCAGAGACUACUAUGGUAGCAGCCGGAGUCAAGGCAGCUAUGGUGACAGGCCUUCCGGAGGGUCCUACAGAGAUAGCUACGACAGUUAUGCUACACACAACGAGUAAAAAAUCUUCCUGACUCAAGAUCGUCCUUCCAAUGGCUGUAUUUAUAAAGAUUUUUGGAGCUUCGCUGAAAUCGUUCUUGUGUAGUCCAUCUCCUUUGUAUUUUCACUUUUGUAGUAAAACUCAGUUCUGACCUUGUCAAAAAAACACAGCCUGACAGCUUCUAAUAUGUGAUGGUCUGAGACUCAAAAGAAAGCUCUGGGUUUUUCUUCUCAAGUGUUUUAACUUUUUUAAAGCACUUAAGACUUUAGUUCUUUUUGAGCCAAGGUGUUGAGGUUUGUUUUUUUUUAAAAAAAAAGAAAGACUUGGAAGGUUUUGGGGCCCUGUUUUGUCCUGAGCGAGGAGGGAUCUUAAUUCUCCAAUAGAAGCUGACCAAGCUGUGAUCUCAUUUUUUUUGUUUUUAGUGCAUCGUUUUGUAACAUUCCUUUAGUGUAGCAAGGUAGGUGUUGCAGCCUGGGUGUGAAUUUAAAAGCAAAACCACCUUGAUAUAUCUAAAGAGAUAUAUGCUUGUAUGUUCAACCUGCAUUGGGACUUUUACUUGUAUGCCAUCAAAUUUACUCAGAGACUGUGCGAAUCUUCCUUCACAAGAGGUUCAUGAAAAAAAAAUGUUUGUUUAUAUUGUCCUUUUUUACUGGAAGAAAGUCUGCCUAAUUCCAUUGAUGUUGUAAUUUUGAAGUGGUAUAAGGAUUUCUUGUACAGUUUUCCUUUGGCUUCACGAAGCCUAUUAAAAGUCCAUCUGAAACAAAAAUCUGCUCUUGAAAUGUUACGUCUUGCCGCACAACACAAUUUUCUGGAUGAUCGUUUAAAAGUGUACAGUUUAAAGGGCAUGUAGCGCAGUGAGAAACUUGUUCUAGAGAGAAACCAGUCAGAUCAGCAUGAGCAAAAUUUGUAAUGCAAUUGUAACAUAAUUAAAGACAUAACUAAAAUCCACCACAUUGUGGUGGGUAGAAACAACCUUCAAAGAAGGUAGCAAAUUGCCCCUCCCCUUAAUGGGACCAGUUAGUUUUGACUGGAAUUAAUCCAACCUUUGCAAACACACUGGAGAUGCCACUAAUGUCUUUAGUAAUGUGCUCCAUCCCGUGACUGAAGAUUAAAGAGCUUCAGGUAGUGAUACCUGCAAGGUAGCGUGAGCAAGAGCCAGCUGACAGUAUGCUAAGCCGAAAGCCAGCCAGAUGUUAGAACUUGAAAUAGCCUUUUUUCAUCAACUGGGUCAGCUGCUGCUACUAUGACAGUGUUCCAAGGCAGAUAAUUGUGACCUAAUUUAGUUAGCUUUGUCAUUGCCUUCUAAGUUCUAAGGAUUCUCUGCUAGUGUAUGGAAAACGGCAGUGCCUUGGCGAAAAAGAAGUGUUGUGCCUCCAACAGAGAGAACCUCUGAGACCGAAAGCUGCUCUCUUGGCUAGUUCAUAUGUGGGAAUAGUCCUGUAAUUCGAGGUAACUCUUUUGCUCAUGUCCGCAUCCUUCCUCCUGUUGAGAGCUCGUUUUUUGAAAAGUCUGAAUGUUAACCCAUGUGAAGCAGAUUAUUUGCCAGUUUUGAUCAGCUAAGAAAACCUUUUAAAAACUUUUUUUACCUGUUACUUGAGUCUUGGCUUUUGGCUUAAAUUUGACGGGUCAGAAGGGAAUGUGUGCAGCCAUAUCUUCGCCAGUAGGGUUAAAAUUAAGAUGGGGAACUGAAUGUCCUCCCCCAUGUGAUUAUUGCUUAUCUUUUGGAGAUGCUACUUUUAAGACCUCAUUUAAGUCACGUUAACUGUAAUGUUUGCCGUUAAUUUUAUCCCAUAGCCAGCAUUGUUCACAAGCAGCAAUUGAAACAGUAACUAACUGUUUUGUGGGCUCUGUGCCAUUGGCCUGCUUGAGAGGCACACAUUCAUUCUCGGAAUAGUUGGCCCUUGCAGGGCUUUUGAGAUGCAGUUGGGUUCCACAGAUGGCUUGUGUAAACCCUUUGUAGAAAGCUCUGGUAGUUCUGUAAAGGGGAGGUGGGAGGAGUAGAAAGCACAACUCUUCUGUGAAGGGCAUGGCUUUUUGUAACAGCUGUUUGUCUUGGCAGGUUGAAGAAGAAAAAAGAACGGGGAGCACUGAUUGUUGAGCCUGACGACUAAGCUUUGGGACCAUAACGGACCUUCCACUUCACAAACAGCCCUGAGCUGCUUGGAAGAGGACCGAGGAGGAUGGAUGGUUGCUAUAGCCAAUACAGAAGAGUGCAGACGCCUGCAUCUUGAAUUCACUGUGGAAAAGUGCCAAGUUAAUAAAUAAACAUGGGGCUAACACAUA